AUGACCUCUUCCUACACAGCCACCACCACCAUCACAGCACCUCCCUCUGGAGUCACGCAGAAAGGAAGAGAGAAGUUAAAGACGAUGCCCCUCUACCUGGAAGAAGAUAUCCGUCCUGAAAUGAAAGAAGACAUACAUGACCCCAGCUACCACGAUGAGGAGGGACCCCCGCCCAAGCUGGAGUACGUCUGGAGAAACAUCAUCCUCAUGGCCCUGCUGCACUUGGGGGCCCUGUAUGGGCUUGUGCUGGUUCUCUCCUGCAAGGUCUACACCUUGCUCUGGGUAUUUGUCUGCUUUGUGAUCAGCAUUGAGGGCAUCGGAGCCGGAGCUCAUCGCCUGUGGAGCCACCGAACUUACAAGGCGCGCCUGCCGCUGCGGCUCUUCCUCAUCAUUGCCAACACCAUGGCUUUCCAGAAUGAUGUGUAUGAAUGGGCCCGAGAUCACCGCGCCCACCACAAGUUCUCAGAAACACACGCCGACCCUCACAAUUCCCGGCGUGGCUUUUUCUUCUCUCACGUGGGCUGGCUGCUUGUGCGCAAACACCCGGCUGUCAAAGAGAAGGGUGGAAAACUGGACAUGUCUGACCUCAAAGCUGAGAAGCUGGUCAUGUUCCAGAGGAGGUACUACAAGCCUGGCAUCCUGCUCAUGUGCUUCAUCCUGCCCACACUGGUGCCCUGGUAUUUCUGGGGAGAGACUUUUCAACACAGCCUUUAUGUUGCCACUUUACUGAGAUAUGCCUUGGUGCUCAAUGCCACCUGGCUGGUGAACAGUGCCGCCCACCUCUAUGGCUUUCGCCCUUAUGACAAGAACAUUGACCCAAGAGAGAAUGCCUUGGUUUCCCUAGGAUCUCUGGGCGAGGGCUUCCACAACUACCACCACGCCUUCCCCUACGACUACUCUGCCAGUGAGUACCGCUGGCACAUCAACUUCACCACAUUCUUCAUCGACUGCAUGGCUGCCCUGGGCCUGGCUUAUGACCGGAAGAGAGUGUCUAAGGCUGCUGUCUUGGCCAGGAUCAAAAGAACUGGAGAUGGGAACUGCAAGAGUGGCUGAGUUUGGGGUUGUCUUUGUUUCUAUUCCCAAAGCCAGCUGGG